GCUCUCAUUUGAAAGGUUUCAUAUCUGCCAGAUUCUUUCACGCAAGCAGCCUAAGCCUCCCUUCUCAGUGCUGCAAGCCUUUCUCGGAAACGAUAUUUUAGAUACUUCAUUGGGUUCAUUUCCUCAGCAAACUCUCAGCCUUCAGACAGCAUUCAAGAAGGAAUCCAAGACGUUGGAAGCCCCUUUGGAAAUGAAGUAGUGCUUAUGUUUAAAGUGUCCACAGUCAUCCCAAUUACAACAUAUUUGGGACACAUUUCUGGCAGAAUAUACAGGUGCUGUCAGAUAGGACAAUGUCGCAUCGAAUACAUCACGUGGGAUUGGUUCUGCUGUUGCUCCUGAUGGGGUCGUCAGCUGAAGACACUUGCCCAGCCUCCCCAAUCCAUGGGAGUCCCGGGCUCCCUGGAAUUCCUGGACGUCCUGGGGAAAAUGGUCUGGAUGGACUACAAGGGAUGAAAGGAACUUCAGGUCCUCCUGGUUCGUUUGGGUUGCCUGGCAGUAAAGAAGAGAAGGGUGAGCAAGGCAUCGAAGGCUCCACCGGAAAAGUCGGACCUGAUGGUGAGGUGGGAGAAAAGGGAGAAAGGGGUGCACUGGGGGAGAAAGGUGGGCAAGGUGAAGUUGGAGACCACACAAACACCCUGAAGUCUGCCUUUUCCAUGGCACGAAGCAUAGACACCAAGCCAAGACCACGCAGCACAAUAGUUUUUGGAAAGGAGAUCAGCAAUGAAGCAAAUAACUACCAUGCUAGGAUGGGAAAAUUCCAAUGUAAUAUAACAGGCCUCUAUUACUUCACAUACCAUGCAACUUCCAAGGGGGCACUCUGUGUCAACUUUAUGCAUAACAGUGACAUAAUAGUCAGUUUCUGUGAUAAUGUUCCCAACACUUUCCAAGUCAGUUCAGGGGGAGUAGUCCUUAAAGUGACUAAAGGUGAUCACGUCUAUCUCAAGGCUACAAAUUACAAUUCAAUGCGAGGCACGGAGGGAGCUGACAGUGUAUUCAGUGGGUUCCUCUUAUUUGCCGAUUAAACUGGCUGUUUGAUCAGUUGUCUCUGUGGAAAACAAAUAAAACAUUUGAUUUAAUAUAAAACAAAGAUUUGAAACAACAGCAGUAAAUGAUUAAUUCCUGUGCCAGAGAUUUCUCUGCUUAAUACAAAUGAGAAUAUUUGACAUUCUUAAGAUGGAAAAGUUGGUUGUCUUUGGUGACAACAUUUCAGACAAUGAUGUAGUAGUGAUGUCCAAUCCUAUUGCCCUGUUUCAACAUCUCAACAAUUUCACUGUAGCAAUUAUCCUUUCUUUGAUCACAAGCUGAAAUCAGUUUUGAUUUUUGUUAUAAACCUGAUUGAUCUUGUUUUGAAUUGGAGAUUCUAUGCCAUUCAUAACCAAAUUUUGUUUGUAUGUGCCUGUGAAAUGGAGUCAAUUAUUAAAGUUGCAGAUCUCCAUUUUCCUUGACUCCCAUUGCAAUAAUUCCAUGUGAACAUUGAGUAAAAGUCAUCAUUUCCACUUGUAAAUUAGUAACCUUGACCUCAUAUUCAGUAUCCAACAUCUAUCUAUGUAAACAAGCUAUGUAUACCAUUUGCUACAGAGGCAGAAGUUACAAUGUAAGCAAAGACUUCUGUAUAUAUACAUUAAAAAUUGAAUUAAUCUAGUCAUUUUAUUCAAUGUUGAAUUGUAUGGAAAGUAAAUCGUUCAAAUAAAAUGCUACCUAUACAUUCCGUGUAGUGCUGUAUGCAAUGUGCAGUUUAUUUGUAGGCAAAAAGGUGUCAGUGUGCAUCUACAUAAUUAAAAGUCUCAUCUUGACCA